CUCCUUUUAUCUCUCUACUUUCCACUGUUUGGUUUUUCUGAAAUCUGCGAACAGAGUGAUGAUAGAAAGCGCAUUCCCCACUCUCUCUCCUCCCUUUGGUGAAGAUGAGUCUGAUGAAAUUUCGUUUAACGAAGUCGAGAUGGAGGUAGCCGAUAUAUUACUCGAUCUUCCAAUUCUUAUAGCAAAAAUGGAGGCUCGUUUCCGGUGGGGCACCAAAAGGAGGAGAUCGGUGUUAGAUUCGCCACCGUCGCCGUCACUUCCUCCGCCGCAGCGAAGGCCCAAAUUCGUCGUCGACACUUCGAGUCCGGCGACGCCUCUUUCUUUCCUAUCCAGUGAAUCCGACGAGAGGCCCCAGCACUCGAACAAGAAAGUCUCCAAAAAAAGGUCAAGAGAAGAAUUGUUGGAAAUUAUAAAUGAGUCAACUCAGCGCAAACAAUGUCUAACUGAGUCGGUAGAGAAGGUGAAAAGACACUACGAGGAGUUAUUAGCUACCAAUUUAGCUCUUAAACAACAGCUAAAUUUUUGGCGUGAAAGAGGUCAAAUCCAAAAUCUAGAGCUACAAGGUCAAAUUCCAUAUCUGCAGACUUUCAGUGUGAACGAGACGAUGUAUGGGAGUUCGAGGCUGGUGGUCCCACAUGGUGUUCCUAAUAACAACAACGUGUCGAUGAUGGAUGACAGAGUCGCCAGAAAUCACAGAAUGAUAAGAAUGAGAGGGAUGAAGCGUUGUUUCAGAUAGCGUUUAAAUAAAUUUUGGUGGCAUUACCAAUUAAUAUCUAAACUGUACAUUUGAGAAGCUCUAUAAAAAAUUUGCCUUAUUCUUAUUUUAAUCUUCAUGUUUUAUUGUUUUUUUAUUUAUUUUAUUUUUAAAAUUUCAUUUAUUGGUGUAGUGUGUGAAAAAAUUUAAAUUGUUUGUGAAAGUUGGAGUGUGCAAA